UGUGAUAAUGGCACCGAAUAUAGAAACACCCCACUUGCCACAUUCUUCGAAUCUCUAGGUAUCCUCUUCCGCUUCUCUUGCCCCUACACCAGCCAACAAAAUGGGCGUGCUGAACGAACCAUCCGCACCUUAAACAACACCAUUCGCACCCUGCUCUUUCAAGCUAAUCUCCCUCCCGAAUUUUGGGUCGAAGCCUUACAUAUGGCUACCCACCUCUUUAAUAUCCUUCCCACCACCACUCUAAACAACCGCACCCCUCAUGAAGCCCUUUAUCGCACCCCUCCGUCUUACACUCAUCUUCGCGUCUUCGGCUGCCUCUGCUAUCCUAACCUCUCUGCUACUGCCCCCCAAAAACUAGCACCCCGUUCCGCUCGGUGCAUCUUCCUUGGUUAUCCCGAGUCUCAGCGCGACUAUAGGUGCUUGGAUCUCACCACUCAUAAGAUCAUUGUCUCUCGCCAUGUCACCUUUGAUGAGUCGUGCUUCCCCUACGCCCCUCAGUCAUCUCCCUCUUCAUAUGAUUUUCUAGACACCAUGGAGGACAGCAUUCCCCCCAUCAGCAACACCUCCUGAGUCAACACCCACGGUCCCCCCACCAUACGUCCUCCUCCC